AUGUUCCAGGAAUCGAAAAUCCUGCAGACGUCAUUUCUCGGGGAAUCUCAAUUAAAAGAAACGCAAAUGUGGUGGGAAGGCCCACCCUGGCUACGCCAAUCAGAACGAUUUUGGCCUCCGCUAGUUCGCACGGUUGCUCAAGAGUUUCCAGUUGAACAGUUAGAAGAAGCAACUAUCAGCCUACAGGUGCAAGUGCAACCACCGAGCUUCAUUUUUGCCUUGCGCUCGUCAUUUAUUUCACUUAUCCGUCCCGUAGCUUAUAUGUUGCGAUUUGCAUACAACGCAAGAAAAGCAAAUCGUUUAAAACGUCGCAAAGGUUUUCUUCAAACCGAUGAACUAAAUGAGUCAGUUUGUGUCUUAGCCCGUAUCGCCCAAGAAGAGUCUUUCGCUGGAGACAUAAGAAGCGUUGCUACUAGUGACCAAGUCAAGUCAAAUUCCCGAUUAAAAACUCUAGCACCGAUUCUUAAAGAUGAUAUUUUGCGAGUUGGUGGGCGGCUUAGAUACGCACCAGUAUCAGAAGAGAGAAAUCAUCCCAUAAUCUUGCCUCCAAAUCAUCCUUUUACUGAGUUAGUUAUGGUUUACUAUCACGAGAAGUUGCUACACGCUGGACCCCAACUACUCAUAGCUACUAUCCGAGGAAGAUUUUGGCCUUUACGAGUACGUAACCUAGCGCGCAGAGUAGUACAUCAAUGCAUGAAAUGUUUUCGCUGCAAACCGACAGUUUUCGAUCAGCCAAUGGGAGAUUUGCCUGCUGAACGAGUCAAUCCAACCUACCCGUUCAUAAAAACGGGCGUAGACCUCUGUGAACCAAUCUAUUAUCGUCACACGGGUCGAAAAUCUGCUCCAAUCAAAGGUUAUGUCGCUAUCUUCGUGUGCCUAGUUACGAAAGCGGUGCAUAUUGAAUUAGUGGCAGACCUCUCCACCAAUGCGUUUAUCGCUGUUCUAAAGCGCUUUGUAGCACGUCGAGGUAAACCAACCGUAAUCGAAUGCGAUAAUGCCAAAAAUUUCCUCGGAGCAUCAAGAGAGUUAGCAGAAUUAUCUCGGCACUUCGGCAGUUUACUUCCCAACAACAUCAACACAUGGUAA